AAUGUUCAUCUCUUAACUUGGCCCGCCCAUUAUCAUCAAAAUUUCAGAAGCUACAAAACCAAUUCAAAGCCCCUCUAUCUCUCCCCGCGUCUAUAAUCUCAAAUCCUCGCGGAUUUAAUCCAAAAACAGCAUCAACAAACCAAUUUUCCCUUGAAAGAGAGGGAAAUACUUGACCCGACCCGACUUUGACAGGAAGAUAUGGCGGCGUACAGAGCAGACGAUGAUUACGACUAUCUAUUCAAGGUGGUGUUAAUCGGCGACUCUGGAGUCGGGAAAUCGAAUCUACUCUCUCGAUUCACUCGAAACGAGUUCAGUCUCGAAUCCAAAUCUACUAUUGGCGUUGAAUUUGCCACCCGUAGCAUUCGCGUCGAUGACAAGAUCGUGAAGGCUCAGAUUUGGGAUACCGCCGGCCAAGAAAGGUACCGGGCGAUCACGAGUGCAUACUACAGAGGAGCUGUUGGUGCAUUGCUAGUUUAUGAUGUAACAAGACAUGUGACUUUUGAGAAUGUGGAACGAUGGUUGAAGGAGCUACGAGGUCACACAGAUGCUAAUAUAGUGAUUAUGCUUGUGGGUAACAAGGCAGAUCUACGUCACUUGCGUGCUGUUUCUACUGAGGAUGCCAAGGCCUUUGCAGAGAGGGAGAAAACAUUCUUUAUGGAAACAUCUGCCCUUGAGUCUAUGAAUGUUGAGAAUGCUUUCACCGAAGUGCUGACUCAAAUAUAUCAUGUGGUGAGCCGGAAAGCACUUGAUAUAGGGGAUGAUCCAGCAGCCUUGCCCAAAGGACAAACUAUCAAUGUUAAGGAUGAUGUUUCGGCGGUUAAGAAAGUUGGUUGCUGCACUGUUUAAAUCCGGGAUUGAGGAGGUGGAAAAAUAAUAUCUUUACAAAUAUAAACUUCAAGAAUUUCACUUGAUAAGACACAGCACCUCUUGCAACUCAGCCAUUACAAUCGUAAGUCUGAUGCUGAAGAUCUUAAGAGAUUUCUCUGGAAUCCAAAGAAAAGGUCUUUAAUCUUUCAUAUUCCUUUUCUUGCUUUUUUAGUUGAUGAGUUCUUUGAUAGUUACUUGAGGUUUUCAACUUUCCCUCUUGUGUAUUGUUUUCUUUCUUAGCUGAUGUAGCUUCUGUUGUAUUUGGAUGCCGUAGCAUAGACAUUUUCAGAAAAUUUUAAUUCUGUAAUUGAUUUUGAUUUGCAUUCCUUUUGUUUAUGCAUAACUUCCAAUGAGAAUAGUUGUCAUUGAGAUUCAAAAUUAAUCUGAAAA